AAAGAAGCAGUUAUUAGGUUCAUCCCCGUGACCUAGCAGAUAGAAUAAAGUAACUUUUCAGAUAGUUUAACAAAGAUUGACCUGCAGCAGUAGUUCUGAUUAAAACCGAAUUAAGUUUUUCUGCACAGGACGAUAUAUAGUAGACGUAGAUAAUUAAAGAGAUCAAAGACUAUACCACUGUAAUUGAUGAAUAAAAUAAGUUGCAGUUCUUUUAUCUGAACAAGUUUAGUUAAUUAUAUGCCACACGAUAUGAUCUGUCUGCAAUUCGUGAUCCAAUGCUAACUCUUCUCCAACGCCUUUUAAACUCCACCUUCCAAUUCUCGUGUUACUAGCAUCCUGUAAUUCAUAGUUUUUGACAUGCAAUCAGGGAGUUGGAGCUGAGCUGAAACAUUAUUAUUCUUUACCCCAAGAGUUACUGCAGUCACUGUGUUUGAGCCCAAACCUAUGUGGAACAAAAGUCUUCAAAAGGACAGAAUCCAUUAAAUUAAGCGCGAGCAGUUUAAAUAUAGGUGCGAGCAGAUGGAAAUCUAACUUAGAGUAUGAGUUAUGAUAUAAUGUGCACACAACCUGAAUUGUAUGACCAUCAGUUGUUUGCCUGGGCUUAAAGCCCGGUUUAAACUCAAAAAUCUAAGUGGUGUUUGGCCAGGCAUUUAAGACUGGUUUCUGGUUUGAAAAGUUCGAAGUUGUUUGUGUAAAAAGUGAAGAAGUAUUUUUAAGAAGUUUAAGCAUCUCCAAGAGGCUCCUAAACCCAAGGAUUGAAUGAAAAUAUGAAAGUUACUGAGUUUAUCCAACAACCAGGGAUGUGGAAUAGCGAACUUAUUCAACAACUUUUUCUAACUCCAGAUUCCGAGCUUAUUUUAUCAAUCCCGCUAAGUCCUUUCGAUCAUCCAGACUCAUGGUUUUGGCACUAUAGCAGGAAUGGUAACUAUUCGGUCAAGAGUGGAUAUAUGAUGGCGAUCUCAAAUAGUAAAUCAGGCGACUCAUCAUCGUCUGAUGUAGUUUCAAAAUGGUGGAAAGCAUUCUGGGCAGUUAAAAUUCCAAGGAAGAUACUAUUAUUCGCGUGGAGGGGUUAUCAUGAGAUACUACCCACAUGGAAAGGCAUAUACCGUAGAAAUGUAUCUUCUCAUAGCAGUUGUCCAAUAUGUGGUUUCGGAGAAGAUUCUAACGCACACGCCGUGUUUUGGUGCCUUUUCUCUCAGAGUUUGUGGGAAACAAUGGAUUACCCUUUCUUAGUAGGUCACAAGGAAGAAAUCUCCUUCAGAGGGGUGUUAUUAUACGCCUCUGAACUACUAGAAAAGGAAGAAUUUGCUAGGAUGCUUAUCACAGCAUGGGGCCUAUGGAUAGAAAGAAACAAGAGGACUCAUGGUCAACAACAAAGAAAUCCACAACAACUGAAAAAUUGGUUAACCUUGUACUAUGAUGAAAUAAAGAUGGCACAUGAGCAAGAAAGUGGAGCACAAAAGAGCAGAGAGAACUCAAUUGCAGGGCAGAUUGGCAGAGAUAAUUCGCAUGCGAAUCAGGUUGGGAUAGAGACUCAGGAUCUAGAUCUGUUUGUAGAUGCGGCAAUAUCCACUUUCUCACAGAAGGUAGGCUUGGGAGCUGUUAUUGUCACACAAAACAAAAGGAGUCUAGCAGCCCUUUCAAAGCCUCUAGAGGGUGCUUUAUCAGUAUUACACGCCGAGGCGUUAUCUCUACUGGUGGGAUUACAGUGGACUCAAUUUAGUGGGUUGACACCAAAAAGAAUUUUAAGUGAUUCCUUAUCUGUGGUCCAGGCUGUAAACAAUGAAGAGGUGGUGUAUCACAAUGAAAUGGGGAUUCUCAUUGCUGAUAUAAGAAGACUAUUUUCAAAUUUUCCAGACACGAGAGUCUCACACACUAGUCGAAAGCACAAUUACCCGGCUCACAACAUGGCCAGGCAAGCACUACAGUUAAACGAGGAAGUAUCAUGGAUGGAAGAUGUCCCUCACCAUGCUGAGAACCACAUGUGAGGAUCCUUCUGAAGAGAAGUAUCAAUUUCAGUCGAAUUAUGUAAACGGGUUGCUAGCAAUCAUUUUCGUUUUGGGUGUACUGUAUAGGUCCUUGGAGACUAGAAGAAUGAGGUCGUCACAGUUUGGCCCAGGCUGGGUACGAAGCCUUAUGACAGACUACAGAGUUCCUUUUUGAUAGGAAAAUGGACAGCAUUCACAGACCUUGUACCUGGAAAAGCUCUUGCAGGAGUUCCCAGAAGACUUCGUAUUCCUCUUCCCCGUAACUCUGGGUUAUUUAAUUGCGGGACAAGUAAUCCAGGUUGGAUACUCAGUUGUUUUUAACAUCUCUGAAAUGCAUAUUGAAGAUACCAUCAGUGUGCGUCAAGAAUAAGUGCCAAUAACUACAGCUACUAAUUGCAGAAUAUGGGAACAGUUCCUGCAUUGUACAACUUUGCUGCAAUCAUCCCAGUAGUAAUGAUAGCAAUAAUGAUCACAAUGUUGCUUCCCAAAUGGCACAACAGAAAGAAUUUAAUCUCAAGAACCAAUCUGAUUCACAUUAUGAUGUAUUGUUGCAUGGUAUAUUUUACUAUGUAUUAAGUCCUAAAGUAUCUAACCAAAGAGAUUUCAUUAUCUCUUUGGUGUAGAUGUUUUUUGAGUAAA